AAUAGACAAUUUCGCUACCGCCGCUCGCUACCGCCGAUCGUCUCCGCGUGAGGGUCCAUUUCUCACGAUAUUUUGUCCCUUAGAGCCCCCAGGAUGCCUUCAAUAAAUGAGAUGGGUUGUGACAGUGAACCUGAAGACAUGGAGGAAGAGAUGAGCAUAACUUACUCGGAUAAAAGUGAAGAAGAGGAGUCUGAAAGUGGAUCUUCAGGGAGUGAUGACGACUCCUCAGAGUUUGAUGAACUUGACUGUGACAGAAGACGAACUGUAUGUAUGGAGGACAUGGAUGAUUUAGAGAGUCAGUUCACAAACCUCAGAGAUCAGCUGUACUCGGAACGAGUUGAACAGGUCGAGUACAAGCUGACCGAGGUCAAGCUGGAAGCUGCUAAUGAGUAUCUGAACCCCCUGCAUGAUCUGGACCAGAUGAAGGGUAGAAAGCUCCGUAUCGCCAGUGUCCUGAGGGAGCUACGCAUGGAAAACAUCAGGAAUAAACUACAGAGCGAGGAGAAGGCCUCGAGGGAAAACCAUGAGAGUGAGAAAAGUUUACUCCGGGAUCUCAUGAAAGCUGAUCUCGACGAGAAGAUCAGAAGACUAGAGGAAGACAGACAUAACAUUGAUCUUACAACAGAAUUAUGGAAUGAGUCUCGAAUCUUGAAGCAGAAAGGGAAGAAACCUGAUUCAACACAUUCUGACCGAAAGAAGAAACCUGUAGCUGUAUCAGGUCCCUAUAUUAUAUAUAUGCUGCGAGAGGAUGACAUCCUUGAUGAUUGGACAGCAAUAAUGAAGGCAAGAGGUGCAAGUGCGAGAAGGAAAUCAGAUGGGCGUACAUCACACAGUGCCAAAUAUGAAGAAGGAAAGCUGCGCUAUGACGGCAGAACGUUUCACAAAAAGGACCAGAUCCUCAUUGAGAAUAGGGAGGACUCUCCAGUAUCGGCCAGAAUAACUGCCAUCGACGCUCGGGAGGUGUGGGUACGGAGACAUGACGGAACCAAAUCCAAGCUUCUCCUUCACAACCUGGAGAAGGGAAAGUACACCAUUCAGCACGUGCGGUAGUCGACACAUAGCCACUCCAGUGGCCUUGUCUAUGAACUAUUUGAGAGUCACAUAUCCUCUCAUGAGAGUCAGAAAGGCAUUAACUCUAUGUGAAAGUAUGUGAGUCCAUGUCCUUGCUGCUCUUAGCUGAUUAUUUGUUUGUGGUAGUGACCUUGGAGAAGGACCCAGCACCUGAAAGGGGUCAUCGUUAUUUACCUCAUCUACAAUACUUGCUGAACGUGGAACGGUGUUCCUGAGCAUUCGUCAGGGAUGCUUCGUGGAACAAAUAGAAGAAAUCGUCUGUUGAGAUCCAGAAGGGCAUUUAGUCUAGCUCUAACCAAACAAAAUUAUGAGAAUGUGAUGAAGAGAUAUUAUAUAUAAAGUGUGACAUGACGUUGAUGUCAUAUCCAAAUAUUGAUAUCAUUACAUACUCCUUUUUUUAUACUCUUUUUUUUUUUAUAUACUGGGAAUUAGAUCACCUUUGAUGCCCAAUAUAUCUCCAAACACUCAAAACAGUCUUGUAUCUGAUCAUAGUAAUACACGUUCACCCAUGAACCUCAACAUAUAAUGGUGGUAUUCAUCCUAAACAUAACUCAUUUGCAUGAUUACCAUUUUACAUAACUGUCAAAGUCUUUUUUUGUUGUUAUCAUUACUUGCCUGGUAGAAGGGUUCAAACACAACAUUUUGUUAAAUUUCAAAACAUUUACUUUGACACUGGAUGAUGUAAAGACUGAAAUAUUUUGUUUUGAUGUAGUCAAAGGAUGAUCAAAACUUUAGAAUGUUUGUUUUUUCUUGAAGUGAACAUCCAUCGUCUACACAUCGAUUUUCGCCUUCAUUCAAGGCAAACAGUGGUUUAUGUAAAUGAAACUGACACUAGUUUGUGUUUUGACCAAUAAAUACUAAAUAAGCAGAGGGAAAGUAGAAUAUAGAAUGCUGGCUCUAAACAUUUGUGAUAGAAAUAUUUUCAUUAAUAGCCAUUUCUCAAGAUAUUUCAUUUUGUGCCCAAUGCAUUACCAAGUAUGACAGAAUAUUGAGCAUGAAUUGACAGUAAAAGUUUCAUUCAUUUGAUAUUUGGCAAGUUCAUUCACGAGUAGGGUUAUGAACUUUCUAAAAAUUUCAGGUUCACUAACAAAACAAAAAUUAUGAUUGGUAAAGUAUGAAACAAAGGACACUUCCUAGAUGUUGCAUGGCAAAAAUGUGUCUUGCCAUAGGCAGCUUGUUGCUGUCAGCCAAACAUACUUUGGUCCUUGUAAGCUACAUGUUUUACUACCGGUAUCUUCUUGAGAUAAAGGCGUUCAGCUGUAAUAUUCCUGGAAAGUAAUAUCAAUUAUUACUUUUGGUUUUUGAAGUUCUGACUUGGACUUGAACAUUUAAGUGCAUCAAUGAGCGCUACUCUUUUUAUAUCAUCACAAGUACAGUGUAUUAAUAAUUUCAUACAACAAAUGUAUUUCUGAAUCAGAAGACAGCGAAAAUUUAAACUUGCCUUCAAGAUCAAAGGAGAUUUUUUUAAAUGACAGUUGGCAUUUUACAUGAUGCCACUUUUUGCUGAUGUUUGAAUGAUUUUUAUAAUUUUGUUUUCUUACUGUUUAUGUAAGACUGAUACCAUUAUAGCAAUAUCAUUCUUUUUUUCAAACAGGUACAUGUACAUUGUAUAGUCUAUGCUGUGUAAAAUAUUUGUAAAGAUGUAUAGUAUAUCAUGUAUUUAUAUGCCCAACAAAGAAAGCAGGGUGUAUCAUUUUCUUGGCCAUAUCAAAGUAUGUAAAAAGAAAAGGUAUCAUCUCGUUCAAAAGAAAAGUAGACUAUUCAAAACCAGGCCCAUUUUUAGUAAUAGUACACAUGUAUUUGUACUUGCAAAUUCACUUUUAAAGUGUCCACUUUUUUCACCGAGGGAUUUAUCCCAAGAUUUUUUAGAACUGCUCUAGAGGGUUCAGUAUGUAUUGUGUCUGGUUUUGUUUAACAUUGGGGUGUUAUAAGGGACCAAGUAUAAACAAAAAAGAAAGACGGAGAAAGAAGUAUGAUUCACAUUCUUUGUUCCAAGUAAACAAUGACACAUCGCAUACUUUACACUUAAGAUGCGAAUUUACAUUUUUUAUAUUAGCACACAAAAUGUAAGGAUAUACCUCUGAAAAAUACAUCCAGCCCUUUAAUACGUUACAUAUGACCUUUGACCUAAGAAUGUCUGAUACACCCUGUUUUAAAAGUGUUGAUACAACUAGUGGAAUUAAGGAAUGGCGGAACAGUUGUUCUUCCAUUGCUUCUUGAAAGUUACUGGGCAACUCAGCUUUUAGAACAAGGGACAUGUUGACAACAGUUUUAAGCCUACUAAUCAUACAAACUAUUGAUCUAAAUUUGUUUUGGGGUAAUCAUCAAUCAAUGAUCAGUGGAAGUGAUUUGUGAUUCAUUAUUUAUUUUUUGUAAACAUUGAACGAUAUGUUUUGGACAUCUCUGCUUCCUGUAUGUCUAUUUUCCCUUCAAUUCCGCUGAACAUGAAAAAUCACUCGGAAUGACCAAACUCUGAGGUUUCUUUUGCAAAAUAGUUGCUGUAAAACAAUUCUUUCUGUUCAUUGCGUAGUCUGUAGGCCAGGCGAUGCAAAACAUGUCCCUUCAAUUCUAAUGCUGAAUUACCCUGCUGUAAAUAUAAUAGCUUUGUGUGUACAUAUUUAAGUAUAUAGAUCUUGGCCUGUCUUACAAAGGAUUGCGAUUGAUCUGAGUCAAUCCCAAGUCCUCCGAUCAAUCGCAAGUUUGCAGUCCCCAGUCUCUUAUGUACAUAGUUGCGAUUGAUGUCGAUCGCAAAUAAGUUGCAAUUAAUCGCAACUGUUUAUAUGACGGGCCCUGAACUAAAAAACCUUAUCCUGUUCUCUUCACUUUUUAGUGAAACUAUCAUGGUAAUGAUUGUAUUAUUAAUUUUUUUAAAUUUGUACUUCAGAGAUAUGUACUGAAAAUGAAAAUUUAGCUAGCCAUUUUGUAGAACUUUUAACUGAAUGCCACUUUACAAUACAUCUAACCUGAUGUACUUUGGGAAUUAAAAAAGUAUUAACUUGUGAAGUUGAAGGAAAACAUAUUGGGAGCUAUAUUGAAAUGGAAUGUAUUCACAUGAGUGCUUAUGUAGAGUAAGACGAUGAAAUACCAAGUUGAGUAGUAUCGUACCAAACCGAGCAUGCUGGUUCUUUUGCUGCAAAAGAAAUGCAAAAGUGUGAACUUCAUUCCAUCCUUAGGAGCUUAAGCUUUGAAGAUAAAUUACCAUUUAAUGAAGAAUAAUACAUCAAGUAUAUGGCUAGUUUUUUCACUUACAUUGUCAGCUGCAUUUUGCAAACAACUCUUUCGGAAUCUUAGUUUUUAUUGACCUUAUCAAUGCACCAAGGAAAAUUGUUCACUGGCAACUGAUCUGGUAAAUGUACAAUAUCGAUGGUGAUAACCCUAUGUUCUUGACAAUAUGGCUAGGUAAUAUUGAUUGGUAGUCUUCUGACUGAUUUUUAUUAAAUUGAGAAGGGGGAUCUGUGAUAUUCAAAAUAUGAAUAUAUGAAUGAUGAUUAAUAUUUUUCCAGCACACUCAAAUCCUAUUGGGUUUUUUCAACAUAAAAUUAUUUGUCAAUGUGUCAGUUAUUGAAUGAAACCUUAAUCCCUUCCAUACACUAAGUAGUUAUUUGCGUUUUAAGCAAUCUGUUUUGUUGAAUAUGCCUCCUUUUUUUUCUCUUCCAGAAACAGAAACGGUUAAAUCCAAAAAUGUGGUUGCCCAGAGUGCAGGGUCAUGAUUUUGACAAGCACAUCAGCCUAGGAUUAGUGUUAGGCCAUUGCCAUUUAAAUAAUAAGCUAUACCAUUGAGUUGCAUUUAUUUUGUUUGCAGAUAUCAAUGAAACCACUACCCCCAUUUAUUUAAAACAUUGACAGGAUUUGAAAAGGGAUUUAGAAUACUCUUUAGUGAAUUCUAAUGAAAUGUGAAUUUUAUUCAGGAUAAUAUUUUCCAAAUAAAUUGAAAAUAUA